CUCCUUACCAUAUCACAAGAAACCGAACCAUUCCAAGUACUGUCGAGCAGAAGCCUAAAGCGAGUGACAUUUCCCCCUUCCGAGCUAGUUCAAGAAACCAAAAUGGCCUCCAACCAGAACCAGGCCAGCUACCACGCCGGCGAGACCAAGGCCCGUACAGAGGAGAAGACCGGGCAGAUGAUGGGCGCGACCAAGGACAAGGCCGGGCAGACCACGGAGGCCACCAAGCAGAAGGCCGGCGAGACGGCCGAGGCAACGAAGCAGAAGACUGGCCAGGCCACGGAGGCUACCAAGCAGAAGGCCGGCGAGACGGCCGAUGCCACCAAGCAGAAGGCCGCCGAGGCCAAGGACAAGACGGCGCAGACGGCGCAGGCGGCCAAGGAGAAGACGUACGAGACGGCGCAGUCGGCCAAGGAGCGCGCCGCCCAGGGCAAGGACCAGACCGCCAGCACCCUCGGCGAGAAGACGGAGGCGGCGAAGCAGAAGGCCGCCGAGACCACGGAGGCGGCCAGGCAGAAGGCCGCCGAGGCGACCGAGGCGGCCAAGCAGAAGGCGUCGGAGACGGCGCAGUACACCAAGGAGUCCGCCGUCGCCGGCAAGGACAAGACCGGCAGCGUCCUCCAGCAGGCCGGCGAGACGGUGGUGAACGCCGUGGUGGGCGCCAAGGACGCCGUGGCCAACACGCUGGGCAUGGGCGGUGACAACGCCACCAAGGACACCACCACCGGCGCCACCACCAAGGACACCACCACCACCACCAGGAAUCACUAGACGCAUGCGUUCGCGCUUGAUUUGCUUUCCUGUAGUCGUGUUUGGUCGUUCGCGGGCCUUCUACAUAUUUUGUAUGUUUCCACUCUUUCGUGAUUUCAGCUCAUUUAGUGUAAGUUUGCCUUCGAUUUGAUGUACUACUCGUGUCCGGUUCUGUAAUAGUAUGAGUUAUUAUUAUGAUCCAUGUACUUUGGUGUAAUGUGUAAUUCCUUUAUUCCGAUAUAGUAUACAUUCCUUCUACCGCGGAA